CCAUUAUUGAGCGUCGGUACGAGUCUUAAACCACUUAACAUCCAUUAUGCUAUAAAAACCGAGUCCUUUGCCAUGCAAAUUCAAUUCACUCUAAGCCUUUGAGAGGCCUUAAGAGAGGAUAGUUAGUUCCAGCAAUGGGGACUCAUGAUUCCCUCAGUAGAGGGGUAAUUCUGGGAUUUUGGGUGGUGUUGGUUUUUGGCACUAGCUUCUGCUAUGGGGCUGACAAGAAUGUUCUUGAGGUGGUUGGCAUGGGAGAGUGCGCAGAUUGUGCAGAGAGUAAUAUCCAGACCAGUCAUGCCUUUUCGGGCCUUGGAGUGACCAUUGACUGCAAAUCCCCAAAUGGAGAAUUCAAAACAAGAGCCCACGGCCAACUCGACAAAGAAGGCAACUUCAAAGCAGCCCUUCCCCAAGCAAUUUUCGAAGACGGAAAACUGAAGGAAGAGUGCUACGCACAGCUCCACAGCGCAUCCGCCACCCCGUGCCCUGCCCACGACGGCCUCGAAUCCUCCAAAAUCAUCGUCAAAUCCGACGGCAACAACAAGCAAACCUUCACCACCGCCGGAAAGCUCAGAUUCUCGCCGGCGACUUGCACCUCUGCCUUCCUGUGGCCCUACUUCAAGUACCCGCCUCUAAAAAACUUCGGCCACCCCUUCCCCCACAAGGUCUUCCCUCCAAUUUACAAAAAACCGUUACCUCCACAUGUACCACUUUUCAAAAAGCCGUUACCACCACCAAUACCAAUUUACAAAAAGCCGUUACCGCCACCAAUACCAAUUUACAAAAAACCGUUCCCUCCACAUAUUUCAUAUUUCAAAAAGCCAUUACCGCCACCAAUACCAAUUUUCAAAAAGCCGUUACCGCCACCGAUACCAAUUUACAAAAAGCCCCUUCCCCCACCAAUACCGAUUUACAAAAAGCCGCUUCCCCCACCAGUCCCGAUCUACAAAAAGCCUCUCCCGCCUCCCGUUCCAAUUUACAAACCAAAGCUGCCUCCGUACAAAAAGCUGCUUCCGCCACCCAUUCCAAUUUAUAAGCCAAAACCACCAGUGUUUAAGCCACCUCCGUACAAAAAGCCGCUUCCCCCACCAGUCCCAAUCUACGAGCCAAAACCACCGGUGUUCAAGCCGCCUCCAUACAAAAAGCCGCUUCCCCCACCAAUCCCAAUCUACAAGCCAAAACCACCGGUGUUCAAGCCGCCUCCAUUCAAAAAGCCGCUUCCGCCACCGAUCCCAAUUUACAAAAAACCGCUUCCACCACCGAUCCCGAUUUACAAAAAACCACUUCCGCCACCAAUCCCAAUUUACAAAAAGCCGCUUCCGCCUCCGGUCCCGAUAUACAAAAAGCCCCUUCCACCAUUCCCAGUCCAUCCACCACUUUCUAAGCUACCUCCCUUCUCUAAAAUACCCCCAAAGUAUUUCCACCAUCCCAAGCUUGGGUCAUGGCCUCCCUUGCCUCCUUUCUCUCCUCAUGCUUAGGCAACCAUCGUAAUAUUUUCUGGUUUUAAUUAUUCAAUUUGCUUGAUAUUUUAUUAUCAUAAUAAAAAAUGCAAGGGAGAAAGAGAGAAGAGGAGGAGGGAGGGAGAAAUUAAGAAGACUUAUGGGAGUAUGUUAUUGUGGGAAGAAAGUGUGAGUAGUUCGAUGUUGUUUUCCUUCCUUUUUUUUUUUGAAGUAUUUUAUCAAUGCUGUUAAUUUAUGUGUUUCAAGAAGAUGAUGGAUGCAUGUGAAUGUUGUAUUGGUCGUUUGGAGAAGCCUAUAAAUGUCCAAAUGGAUGUGCUUAAUUAAUUGCAGAAAAAGUAUUUACUUUGUUAA